AUGGACGCUUUGCCAGACAUGGCGCCAUUACGCCUCGACAGUCCGGCAAGGCUAGACACUCUGCCCAUCGGAGUCUUGCGUAGCAUCUUCCAGCAUCUCAACACGGCACAAAGCCUGGGCCGGCUGGCGAGGACAUCAAAGGUCCUCAGGGAUAUUGUCGAGCACCACGGAUGGAACACCUUUGUGCGCGCCCAUUUCGGAUACCUCGAUUUGCCACCCGGCAACUGGAAGUCGGUGGCCAAGCGCCUGACAUGGCAGACCCGGGCGUGGGAGCGUAGAGCGUUGUUGCUCUCAUCGCUGGUAUCGUCAAAGAAGCUGGCGUCGCAAAGCAACAGAGGUCGAGGAGUGCGCGGUGGCCGUGGUGGACGCGGCGGCCGUCUCGCGCAGACGUUUCCACCAAGCGUUUUCGUGGAUGCCGCGUCACACAUGAAGGGGAAAACCGAGGAGGAGCUUGUCGCGUGGGGGAUUGGCGAGGAUGUCGUCGUGCGAUGGCGAGAGCUGCGCUAUUCGGCACCAAAGAAGGAAAAAUGGACUCAAGUUAUUGGCCAGGCGACGGGGUUCAAGGCUGGCCAGGAUGACGUCUCGGCGCUUGCUCUUGUCAAGGACGCGGAAAUCGAUAAAACUCUCAUGAUGCUUGUCGGCAGAGCCAGCGGAUACCUGCAACUGAUAUCGACACACCAAACCGACUUGGGGAGAACGAUUGGCUGGCUCCAGCCCGAGUCUACUGAAGACGAAGCAUCUGGUGGCCAAAAUGACAUCCAGCAUAUUCAUGUCAACAUUCCACAAUGUUCUGCUGCGGUAGCCACCAAGGACAGCAUACUAUUCUACCCGCUACCCGAACAAUGGCCUGAUCCGGAUGACUUGGACUUGGAUGAAGCUGGAAACCCGGCCGAGUACAUGAUCCACCCUGUGGAAAGAUGCGACCUAAAGACCAUGGAGGGCUCCUCCAGCUUUCGACAAAUUCGCCAAGUUCACCACAUGCAAAGCGGAGAUGUCGCUUUUGCGUUGAGCGGCACGGCAGAGCCUCUGCGCUUUCUCACCAGAACGCCUGCCGGAACAGCCGUCACCAAUGCGGCGAAGAUGCAGGCAUCGUCACGCUGCGCCGACUCGUACAUCUACACCGAUCGGCAGCUGCAAACAUGCCGAUGCAUAUUGCCUCUCGAUACAGCCUCCAUCCCUGGCGGCUCUGCACAGACCAUCCUGAGCUCUUACGACGACGGCACAGUCAGACUGCAAGACUUGCGCACGCCCACUGCCAUCGACACCAUUUACCAGGACCACUUUGAGCUGACCACGCCCACCGGCCCGCUCCUUGCCGACGGCAUCCAUCGCUUCAUAGCAGGAAGCGCCCGUACCUCGGUGAUCAAGAUUUUUGACUACAGAUGGACCAAGAGCUACUACUACACCGAUGCGGUGCCCUGCAGUGACACGCCGCUCGGCCCGGCUCCCAAACCCCUGACGUGGAAGGCGACGCCGCCAAUUACACCGCGAGAGCGCUGCUGCUACAUGUCGGGCAAGGAGUGCGCGCGCCACAUGCUGGCCAAGACGGACUUUUACAGACCCAACUGCAACAUUUACCUGCCCAACAUCUACCAGAAUGCGUCUCCCGUGUAUUCCUUGGCCAGGGCAUCGCCGACCUCGCCUACUAUCUAUGCGGGUCUGUCGGGCGAGCUGGUCACGAUGAGUCUGCGCGAUCAGGUGGCGGCGGAAAAGGAGACGCUGUUUAUGCAGAAACGAAACAGAAAAGCGCUCGCUGGGUAUUCAUACCACGAGUCUCUGACUAGUCUCGUCGAAACAGGAGAUGGCAUUGCGUUAAAGGACAUAAGCGAGAGUCAGCGAGUGCCUGACGUUCGCAAGCAUGGGCGGGACCCAGCCCAAGUGGCAGCACAAGAAUUCAGUCGUCUAGACGAAUGGCUGAUGUAG